AUGGCGCCAGCUCCAGGCCCCACGUCCCUUCCUGGCCUCUUGUUCCUGAUGCAGCUGCACAGCUGGUUCUGGGUGACCCUGGCCGCCCCUCACUCCUUGUGCUACAACUUCACUGUCAUGUUUAAGCCUCCACCUGGACACCAAUGUUGUGAGGCUCAAGGCCAGGUGGAUGGGAAUACUUUCCUUCAUUAUGACUGUGGAAGUAAUGAAGUCACAGCCUUGGCUCCCCUGGGGACGAAGGUAAAUGUCACAAAGACAUGGGAGGAGCAGCUGCAAACCCUGAGAGACCUCGGGGAUCAGCUCAAACACACACCACCUGGCCCUCAAGUGGAGAAUUCCACAGCCAAGGCUCCUCUCACCCUGCAGGCCAAGAUGUGUUGUCAGCACGAAGCAGGCAGGUGCAUCAGAGCAUUCUGGCAGUUCAGCUCUGGCAGACAGACGUCCCUCCUCUUUGACUCAGAAACCACGAAGUGGGCAGAGGUUCACCCUGGAGCCAAAGUGAUGAAAGGAGAGAGGGAGGAGAAGAAUGUGACCGAAUUCUUACAGAGGGUCUCGGAAGAAGACUGCAAUCUAUGGCUGAUGGAGUUUUGGAAACACUGGGAGAAAAUGCUGGAGACAACAGCACCACCACCCAAGGCCACAGCUCAACCCAAGGCUACACUGAGUCCCUGGAUCAUCUUUGUGACCCUCACAUGCUCAACCCUGUUUAUCCUGCAAGGCCACGUUCUUUAG